AUGAUCCUUCUUUUAUCCCUUCUAUCAGCUGGCCUACUCAGCAUGCCAAUUCUGCCUUCAAGCCUAGCGGCGCUGCAUUCGCUGCACUCCGCCGCUUCCACCACUCCUUCCAGUCCUCUUUUUCAUUCACCAGCAGCUCUGCAGUCCAGCUUGACGGGCUCGGGGCCUGGGCUAUCACACUCAUCUGUCGGUCUUUCCUCCCUCGCUCACCACCAUCACCACUCGCAGCAGCAGUCGCAUUCCCACUCCCAACAGCAGCAACAUCAUUCAUUGGCUGCUGCGGCCUUUUCUGCUGCCACCACUCCAGCCUCCUCUGCCUCUGAACAAGCUGUACCAUCCUUAUCCUCUACAUCAGCCUCUGCCGCGCUCAGCGGAGCCCAUCUCCAAAGUCAUCAUGCUCAUCAUCAUCACACCCCCUAUCAGCAGCAGCAACAGCACUUUUUACAUUCAAGUUCCGGUCCUCGUAUACACACGGCCAGCGUCACAGAUGCGUCUGGAGGUGGUAGCAGCAGUGCAAGUAGCAGCGGCGGCAUUCUCCUUGCUCGACCCAUGGAACUCACGCUAUCUACCACAGUCGGCGGUGCUCCUGGCGACUCUGGAAGCUCAUCAACUCCCCCUCCCCCUCCGCCGCCUCCGCCUGCUUCGACAGUGAGUUCCGCCCCGGUAAACGUCUCUGGUCGACAAAUAGGCAGUGCCGGUCUGGCGCGCACCUCAUCCACUUCAACUGCAUCGGCCUCAACGACUUCUGCUAUCGCUACGAAUUUAGCUACUGCUUCUAGCGGCUUGAUCCCGGCCGGAAAACGCACCUACUGA